AAUAAAUUCUCUAAAAAAAGAAAACAAAAGGAAAAAAAGAGGGGAAAAUUUUGAUCUUCAAUUUCAAAGCCCUUUAUACUGCAUGCAGAAUAAGGUCUCAGUGUCUCACCACUUCUCACUAAAACCCCUUUGGCUUUUCUCUCUCUCUCUACUUGUGUUGAAGGCCGAUUCCCGGAGAAGUAGUUCAGAUUUUCCACCAUCUCGACUAUUUCCAAGGCGUAGACUCUGAAUUUGAAGCCACAUUUGGAAAAGGGCAUUUCCUUUCUCCGCUGGCUCUCCUCCCACAUUUCCAUGGUUUGAGAAUUAGUUGUUAGAGAAAAUGGAAGCUCCUUUACCACCACCCAUAGCAUUUGAGGCAAGGAUAAAAGGGAUCACAUUUGCUUUGGCCACUCGUCAAGAGAUUUGCAAAGCAUCAAUCAGUGACUUACCAAUCAACCAUGCCAGUCAGCUUUCGAAUCCAUAUCUUGGUCUGCCACUUGAAAGUGGCAAAUGCGACUCUUGUGGCACGGCUGAGGCUGGGCAAUGUGAAGGACAUUUUGGAUACAUUGAGUUGCCGACUCCCAUAUACCAUCCUGAUCAUGUUGCUGAGCUAAAAAGGAUGUUGAGCCUACUGUGCUUGAAGUGCUUAAAGUUCAAAAACAGAAAGGUGAAUAGUGUUGGUGGUGUUAUUGAAAGAAUGCUAUCUUCUUGCUGUGAGGAGGCCUCACAAAUUACUAUAAACGAAGCCAAGACUAGUGAUGGAGCUUAUUAUUUGGAGCUGAAGUUCCCAUCAAAGUCAAGACCUCAGCAUGGAUGCUGGAAUUUUUUGGAAAAAUAUGGAUUCCGUUAUGGAGAUAUGUAUUCUCGGCCAUUGCUUGCAUCUGAGGCGGUGGCAAUACUAAGAAAAAUCCCUCAGGACACCAGAAAAAAGCUCUCUGCCAGAGGUUACCACCCUCAAGAUGGAUACAUUCUCCAGCACUUACCAGUUCCUCCUAACUGUCUGUCUGUGCCUGAUGUUUCUGAUGGAAUCAGUACAAUGUCUACGGAUUACUCUAUAACAUUGCUCAAAAAGGUGUUAAGACAAGUAGAGAUCAUAAAAAACUCAAGGUCCGGGGUGCCAAAUUUUGAGUCUCAGGAGAUUGAAGCAAAUGACUUGCAAGCAGCUGUGGCACAAUAUUUUCAGUUUAGGGGCACAGGCAAGGCAUCUCGUGAUGUCGAUGGUCGCUUUGGAAUCAACAAGGAAGAAAAUGUGUCUUUUACCAAAGCAUGGCUUGAGAAGAUGAAAACUUUGUUUAUAAGGAAAGGGUCUGGUUUUUCUUCUAGAAGUGUGAUAACUGGUGACCCGUUUAAAGGAGUGUCAGAGAUUGGGUUGCCAUUUGAGAUAGCCCAAAAGAUUACAUUCGAGGAGCGGGUAAAUCAACACAACAUGGUGUUCUUACAGAAGCUGGUGGAUGAAAAGCUAUGCCUAACUUACAGGGAUGGUCACUCUACAUAUUCACUGAGGGAAGGCUCAAAAGGGCAUACGUUUCUGAGGCCCGGUCAGGUUGUGCAUCGUAGGAUAAUGGAUGGGGAUAUCGUCUUCAUCAAUAGACCACCAACUACACACAAACAUUCUCUACAAGCUUUAUCAGUUUACAUUCACGAUGAUCAUACAGUCAAGAUCAAUCCCCUCAUUUGCGGUCCCCUUAGUGCGGAUUUUGAUGGGGACUGUAUUCAUUUGUUCUAUCCACAAUCGCUUGAAGCUAAAGCAGAGGUUGUGGAACUAUUUUCAGUAGAGAAACAGCUACUUAGUUCCCAUACUGGGAACUUCAACUUGCAGCUGGCAACAGACUCAUUACUAUCACUGAAAUUACUGUUCAGAAAGUACUUAUUGGUGCGAACAAAAGCACAACAGUUGGCCAUGUUUGUGCCGGAAGCACUAUCUGGACCUGCAGUAAUGAAGUCCAGAAAUGGCGAUCUUUGGACUGCAUCGCAGAUUUUACAGACAACUUUUCCUCCAUCCUUCGAUUGUUCCGGAGAGAAACAUAAGAUAUGCAAAAGUGAAGUGAUGUAUCUGGACUAUAAUAGGGAUGUGAUGGCUUCCAUCAUCAAUGACAUAGUCACCUCACUUUACUUCUUGAAGGGACCAAAGGAGGUCUUGCGGUUUUUCAAUUCUAUCCAGCCAUUAUCAAUGGAAAGUCUCCACACAGAGGGCUUUAGUGUUAGUUUAAAAGACUUUUUCCUUACUCGGGAUGUUUUGGAGGAUAUCCAAAAGGAAAUUCAGAAGAUCUUCCCAUUGCUGAGUGAUUUGCGAGCUUCAUAUAGUGAAUCAGUUGCCCUGCAAGUGGACAGCUACUUGCGCAAUGUGAAGAUCCCUGUUACUAACUUCAUACGUGAGUGUUCUGCAGUUGGUUACCUGAUAGACUCCAAGAGUGAAUCUGCUUUGAACAAGGUGGUUCAGCAGAUUGGUUUCUUAGGAAUUCAGAUAUCGGCUAAGGGGAAGUUCUACACGGAGACAUUGGUCAAGGACAUGUCAUCUCUGUUUCAAAAGAAAUAUCCUUCUUAUGAGGAUAGUCCUUGUGAAGAAUUUGGCUUGGUCGGUAGACCUCUCUUUAGAGGACUGGACCCUUAUCAGGCGAUGGUUCAUUCAAUCUCCAGCAGAGAAGUAAUUGUCCGUUCAAGCAGAGGAUUGACUGAACCUGGGACACUCUUCAAGAAUUUGAUGGCAAUCCUUAGAGACGUUGUCAUAUGCUAUGAUGGUAGUGUGAGGAAUACGUGCAGCAACUCCAUCGUUCAAUUUGAGUAUGGAGUGAAUAGUGCCAAUAUUGCAAGUGAAUUCUGUGCUGGUGAUCCUGUUGGAGUCUUAGCUGCAACUGCCAUGUCCAAUCCUGCUUACAAGGCUGUGUUGGAUUCAUCUCCAAGUAGCAACUCAUCCUGGGAUAUGAUGAAGGAGAUACUGCUUUGUGGAGUCGGAUUCAAGAAUGAUAUUGCUGAUCGUCGGGUGAUUCUUUAUCUAAGCAACUGUGAUUGUGGCAGAAAGCACUGCCAAGAAAAUGCUGCUCUCAUAGUCAAGAAUCACUUGAAGAAAGUUAGUCUAAAGGACACAGCACUGGAGUUCCUGAUAGAAUACAGAUCUCAGUUGAUGCCUGAGAGUUCUGAUGUCAAUUCAGGCCUUCUUGUGGGUCAUAUUCAUCUGAACAAGACCCAGUUGAUACAAUCAAGUAUCAGCCUGAAUGAUAUUCUUGAGAAGUGUCUGGAUACAAUCAGUGUUAAUCGAAAGAGGAAAAAGGUCGGAAACCUAUUCAAGAAAAUUGAGUUAUCAUCCUGUGAAUGUUGCUCUGUUCGCCAAUCAUCCAAAAGCAAAUGGACUGAUGUACCCUGCAUCCAGUUUCUUUGGCAAGGGGCAAGUGAUGAUCUCUUAGAGAGAGCUUCUGAUUUCCUAGCUGAUACAGUUUGUCCAGUGCUCUUACAGACAGUCAUCAAAGGUGAUCCAAGGGUAUCAGCUGCCAACUUAAUAUGGAUAAGUCCCGAUACAGCUACCUGGAUCAGGAGUCCAUGUAAGAGCCCUAAAGGUGAAUUGGCUGUAGAUAUAACGCUCGAGAAAGAAUCUGUGAAAAAGAGUGGAGAUGCAUGGAGGAUCGUGAUGGAUUCUUGCCUUCCAGUUUUCCAUUUGAUAGAUUCUCAGCGUUCCAUACCAUAUGCAAUAAAACAAGUGGAAGAUCUGCUUGGUAUUUCUUGUGCAUUUGAGCAGGCUGUACAGCGUUUAUCAACAUCAGUAACAAUGGUUACGAAAGGUGUUCUCAAGGAUCACCUUGUUUUGCUGGGCAACAGCAUGACUUGUGCCGGAACAAUUAUUGGUUUUAAUGCUGGUGGUAUCAAGUCUCUAUCCAAAUCACUUGGGGUGCAAGUACCAUUUAUGAAUGCGACAUUAUUUACUCCUAGAAAGUGCUUUGAAAGAGCCGCUGAAAAAUGCAACACUGACAAUUUGUCAAGCAUUGUGGGUUCUUGUGCCUGGGGAAAGCAUGUAUCUGUGGGAACUGGAUCUCCUUUCGAGAUUGUUUGGGGGACUAAACAUGAUGAGCUGAUGGAUGAUGAAGAAAUUGAUGUUUACAAUUUCCUCCGCAUGGUGAAUAGCUCAAAGCUGGAAGAUACAGGCACUAGUUGCUUGGGAGCUGAAAUUGAAGAUCUGGACCUGGAUGAGUAUAUGAAUUUUGAUCUGUCUCCGGUGCGAGAAUCUGGUGCCGCUAAGCCCACUUUUGAGGAUGGAAUUGACUUAUCCAAGGAGGAGGAUGAUGGGGGAUGGUCUUGGGGAAAGGCUGACUCUGGGGUAAGCGAUUGGGUGACACAGGCUGAAGAUAGUGCAUGGGGUAAAAAAGCAGAUUCUGAAGAAAAUGCUUGGGCAAGGUCAAACAAAGCUGAAGAAAGCACUUGGGGAAAAAAAGCAGAUUCUUCAGAAAAUGGUUGGGCUAAGUCAAACAAGGCUGAAGAAAGCACUUGGGCUAAAAUAGUUGAUUCUUCAGAAAAUGAUUGGACUAAAAGUUCUGAACGGAGCACUGGUAAUACGACAGCUGAGCAAAGCUCCUGGAGCAAAAUUGUUCGAUCUGAGGAAAAUGAUUGGGUGAAAAAGCCUGAGGAAAGCACUUCAGGUAGGAAGGUCAAUUCAGAAGGAAAUGAUUGGAGGAAACAGCCUGAUACAUCUAAUUGGGGUGAAAAGGAUAAGGCGAAGGGAAAUGAUUGGAACAAAAUUGGCAAACAAGGUUCUUGGGACACGCUUAUGACUGAUACUCAGUCUUCUUGGAGUAAAGAUAUCGCUAAAAUAGACGAUGGAAAAUCUCAGGGAGAUGAUGUGUGGUCAGCACCUUCUGGAGCUCAGAGAGAGGCUGCUUGUAGUGAACCAUCUGAUGCUGCUGGUUGGGACAAAUUAGGAUCUGGCACAGAGUUGGAUUCAAAGGAUAAUCCUUGGGGAAAGUCUAAAGUGGCUAAUGAAUCAACCCCCUCAAAGGCUUUUGGCACCUGGGGCUCUUCAAGUACAAACGACUGGGGUAAGUCUAAUUCACAGUCUCCUGCAGGAGAAAACAAAGAGUCUCAGUCAAAUAACUGGGGUUCAAGCCAGAAACAAUCGGACGUCUCUACACCUGCUCAAGGUUGGGAUUCAAAGCACGAGGCCUGGGGAACUAAGGCUGCUGAUGACUCAACCCACUCAAAAGCUUCUAGUACUUGGGGCUCACCAAAUGAUUGGAGCAAGUUUGAUUCACAGUCUAAUGCAGGAGAGAACAAAGAGUCCCAGUCAAAUAACUGGAGUUCAAGACAGUCGAACGACUCUACACCUGCUCAAGGCUGGGGAUCUCCAAAUGUUGAUACUUCUGGUGACAAAGAUGCAAGGCCUCAGUGGGGGGGUCGUGGCCGGGGGCGUGGCAGAGGUUGGGGACGAGGUCGUUCAAGAGAAGGUUCACAAGGUAGGGGCCCUUCUACCGAUGGGGAUUGGAGGAACAGGAGACCUCGUCCAUCUGAUGAUCCUAAUGCUCCAGCGCUUUUCACUGCAACAAGGCAGCGCUUGGAUUUAUUCACUGCAGACGAGCAAGAUGUUCUUGUGGAGAUUGAGUCAAUUAUGAAGAGCAUCAGAAGAAUAAUGCACCAGACAGGAUACAAUGAUGGUGAUCGAUUAUCUGCUGAGGAUCAGACAUACAUUGUUGACAAUGUGCUCAACUAUCAUCCUGACAAAGCUGCAAAAACAGGAGCUGGAUUAGAAUAUAUCAUGGUUCGCAAGCAUAUUGAGUUCCAGGACAGCAGAUGCUUUUACGCUGUCUCUGUUGAUAAAGUGGAAUCAGAUUUCUCCUACCGCAAGUGCCUCGACAAUUUCAUCAACAAGAAGUACCCAGAGAAGGCAGAAGCUUUCAUGCUCAAGUACUUCAAAAAGCCACAGCCACGAGCUGGGUGGAACAGAGACCGUGGUAGUGGUACUCCUCGUAGUGAAGCUGGGACACCUCGUGGCUGGAAUAGUGAUUCCAAUGAAGCCGGGACACCAUCAACAUGGGCGCAGACUGCAGGUCCUCAAAGUGAAGCUGGGACGCCCCGUGGCUGGAACAGCGAUUCCACUCCAGCGACAGAGGAGGCUGGGACACAAUGGGCGCAGACCCCUGCCCCUGAUAGUGAAGCUGGAACGCACCGUGGCUGGAAUAGUCUUUCUGCUCCAGCAACGGAGGAAGCCGUGACACCAUGGGUGCAGACUCCGGGCCCCGAUGAUGCAGCUACCGGUUGAUGUACGGCAAAUUACUUUUGUUAUUGUUAUUGGUGUACGGGCUUUUUAGCUGGUAGCAAGUUGGAAAAUUUCAGAUUAUUUAUCAUUUUAUGGUUAGGUUGGUUGAUACAGGUGGUUUGUCACUUCGCUUUUUUAUCUCUUCAUCUUCAGCCCUGGAAUUUGGGAUUUUCUUUGAAUUUAAUUUACCAUCUCCAAUAGCA